GGCACCGGCUCGGACGGGAGCACCGGGACCGGAGAGCACCGAGACCGGAGAGCAGCGGGACCGGAGAGCACCAGGACCGGAGAGCACCGGGACCGGCGAGCACUGAGACCGGAGAGCAGCGGAGCGCGGCCCGGCCGGAUGAGCACAGGCCAUGGCGCGGUGCACGGGGGCCGUCGGGCGGCGGAGCCCAACCGAGCCCUAUAGCGGCCGCUGAGCCCCUGUUCUUGCCACCUCAUUUAUCCCCCCCUGCCUGAGCCACGGAGCCGACCCCCGCGCCCAUGGCGGACUCCCUGUGGAUGCUGAUCCUGGGCUUCAUCAUCGCCUUCGUUCUCGCCUUCUCCGUCGGGGCCAAUGAUGUGGCCAACUCGUUCGGCACUGCGGUGGGCUCGGGGGUGGUGACCCUGCGGCAGGCCUGUGUCCUAGCCAGCAUCUUUGAGACCGUGGGCUCUGUGCUGCUGGGGGCCAAAGUCAGCGAGACCAUCCGGAAGGGGCUGAUCGACGUGAACAUGUACAACUCCACGCAGCAGCAGCUGCUGAUGGCAGGCUCGAUCAGUGCCAUGUUUGGCUCUGCUGUCUGGCAGCUUGUGGCUUCGUUCUUGAAGCUGCCGAUCUCUGGUACCCACUGCAUUGUUGGAGCAACCAUUGGCUUCUCGCUGGUGGCCAAAGGGCAAGAAGGUGUCAAGUGGUCUGAGCUGCUAAAGAUUGUGUUGUCCUGGUUCAUCUCCCCACUCCUCUCAGGCAUCAUGUCUGCUAUCCUGUUCUUCCUCGUCCAGAGGUUCAUCCUCCUUAAGGCUGAUCCUGUUCCCAACGGCUUGCGAGCUUUGCCCGUCUUCUACGCCUGUACUGUGGGGAUCAACCUCUUCUCCAUCAUGUAUACUGGUGCCCCCUUGCUGGGCUUUGACAAGGUUCCUCUGUGGGGUAUCCUCCUCAUUUCGGCCGGGAGUGCUGUUGUCUGUGCUCUCGUCGUCUGGUUCUUUGUAUGUCCGAGAAUGAAGAAGAAAAUUGAACGGGAAAUCAAGUCGAGUCCUUCUGAGAGCCCCUUGAUGGAGAAGAACAUCAGCCCCAAGGAGGAGCAGGAGGAGCCCAAGGUGCCUCCGGGUGAUGCCAAGAGCCCUGUGGCCGAUGCCGCGGUGGCUGCACCGCAGCGUGUGCCGGUGGAGGACAGGACGGUCUCCUUCAACCUGGGGGACCUGGAGGAGGCUCCGGAGCAGGAGCAGCUCCCCAGCCUUGAGCUGAAGGAGACCAGCAUUGACAGUGGAGCCGUGCGGCUGCCCAAUGGGAGCCUGGUGCAGUUCAACCAGGCUGUGGGCCACCAGCUGAGCUCCAGUGGGCAGUACCAGUACCACACGGUGCACAAGGACUCAGGCCUCUACAAGGAGCUGCUGCACAAGCUGCACUUGGCCAAGAUGGGGGAUUGCAUGGGGGACUCGGGGGACAAGCCGCUGCGGCGCAACAACAGCUACACCUCCUACACCAUGGCCAUCUGCGGCAUGCCCCUGGACUCGCUGCGCGCCAGGGACACGGAGGACAUGGAGAAGCUGACGUGGCCUGUGGCUGACACCAAGAAGAGGGUCCGCAUGGACAGCUACACCAGCUACUGCAAUGCUGUGGCUGAUGCCCACCCGGCUGCGGACGUGGACCUGAACACGGCCCAGGCUGAGAUGGGCAUCGGUGAGCGCAAGGGCAGCACUGGAUCCCUGGAGGAAUGGCAGGACCAGGACAAGCCGGAGGUGUCCCUGCUCUUCCAGUUCCUGCAGAUCCUCACAGCCUGUUUCGGCUCCUUUGCUCACGGUGGCAAUGAUGUCAGCAAUGCCAUAGGGCCCCUGGUCGCGCUCUACCUGAUCUAUCAGACGGGCGAUGUGGCUACCACAGUGGCAACUCCCAUCUGGUUGUUGCUCUAUGGGGGUGCAGGGAUUUGCAUCGGCUUGUGGGUCUGGGGAAGGAGAGUCAUCCAGACAAUGGGGAAGGACCUGACGCCCAUCACACCAUCAAGUGGCUUCAGCAUCGAGCUGGCGUCUGCCCUGACCGUGGUGAUUGCCUCCAAUGUUGGCCUCCCCAUCAGCACCACCCACUGCAAGGUGGGCUCGGUGGUCUCGGUGGGCUGGUUGCGCUCCAAGAAGGCCGUGGACUGGCGCCUGUUCCGCAACAUCUUCAUGGCCUGGUUCGUCACCGUGCCCAUCUCGGGGCUCAUCAGCGCUGCCAUCAUGGCCGUGUUCAAGUUCGCUGUGCUCAAGGUGUGAGGACAUCGGUGCUCCUGCUGCUGCUGCCCCUGCCCCGGGGGCUCAUCCCACCGGGGCCAUCGUCACCUCCGGGGCUGCUUCGGUCCUGCCGUGUUGUCACUCAAGUACCUUUAUGUUUGUUUCCCAAUGGCCGUGUCCUGGAGCUCCGGGGGCAGCGCCUGCCCCUGCCGUGACUCCCCUGCUGCGCUGUAGCUUUAGAUUAGCAGUUAUGGGAAGCCACUUCAUUUGAAUGACUUAUUAAGGUCCCCUGGCAGUGAUUCCUCCUUCAGUAAGGACUGGGGCUGGUCCUUGCCCCCCAGGGCAGGGCUUGGGGGUGUCCUUCCCCCCUGGGCUGUGCUGUGUUCAGCUUUGCCUCCAUUGCUGUCUGUGGACACCGGCUGCUGCCCAACCAUCCCCUUGGGGUCAGCCCCUGCCCCCCCCCCCGCUGCUACCUCGGACUCAAUAAAGGUUUCCUUCGUA